AUGGCCCAGAAACUGCAAAGAAAAAAGAUUGAAAUUAAAAGCCUCAAGAAAGCUUUAAAAAUUGUUUCCAACGGGUCUGAAUCCGACCAAGACUCCACUGAAGACGAUCUGGAUACUGAGGACUCGGACGACAAAGGUGACGAUGAGGAGAGUGAUGAUGAAGGCGAUGACUCCGACGACGAUGAUGGAGAAGAUCUCCCCAUACCUACGCAAUCUUACGAAUGCAAAGAUAUUUACCUUUGCUCUGACCAGGCCUGUGGCGGGGAAGUCACUGACGGUUACUGCUUUCUAUGUCGCAAAAAGCAUCAAAUCAUGGAGGAUGAGAAUAUGGCGUCAACAGAGUCUCAACUAGAACAUCCAGACCGCUGCAUGGCCCCCAGAGGAAAUACGCCCUUGCAAUCCAUUCCAAAGGACGAUUCUCCACUUCCUGCCUUGUACGAAUCGCGCGCACGGGAAUACCGCUCACUUCUCCGCCGGGGCGCGACCCCAGAAAUGUGCGAACUUUUUAAACUUGAAUUUACCUACACCAAUGGAAUCGUCGCAAGGGUCACUGAAGACCUCUUUGAAGAAUUCGCUGGUCUUUCAAUGGUCGAAUGCGACUGGAAAAUCUAUUUGGGACGACGAUUGACUCUCGCCAAAGAUGACAUUGACGGCUAUGAAUUUAUUGAAAGUAUACUGGAUGAGAUAUCUGUUCUCCCUGGCAUCGGAAACUGGGUCACGGAAGAAGAAGAAACUGGCGUUUGGGUGACAUACCCCAAACAUAGCGGGCAGGUUGAAUCUCAACCGAGGGAUAUUUUGGACUCGGUCGACAUCGCAGCCGAAAAUAGGGGAGGUCAGAGUGGACGAUUCGGAGGCGAUUCAGCGACACGAUUCAGAGACGAUUCUGGUCAUCAAAAGCGUGGGAAGACGCUGAAUCGCCUCAGAACGUGA